AUGAAACCGCACGAGGAAUGGGUCGAUGGAUCGUGGACUGUGGAUUGCGUUUGUGGAGUCAAUUUCGACGAUGGAAAAGAGAUGGUGAAUUGUGACGAAUGUGGUGUUUGGGUACACACAUGGUGCUCUCGUUACGUUAAAGGAGAUGAUCUGUUUGUUUGCCACAAGUGUAAGACCAUCAAAAAUAACAACGACGAUAAAGCUAAGUCGUUAUUGGUUACAUCAGAGAGCAUGAGAAUGGAGGAUUUGUCGAAUCAGAGCCGUGAAAUUUCGUUGAAUCGUGGGUUUAGGGCGUGUAAAGAGAUCCCGAUUGAAGAAAGGGUUCAUGUGCAAGGAGUUCCUGGUGGAGAUUUGGCUCUGUUUGAGAGCUUUUCGUCGGUUUUUAGUCGUCAGCUGUGGAAAUGUAGUGGUUAUGUGCCUAAGAAGUUUGAGUUUCAGUUUAGAGAGUUUCCUUGUUGGGAUGAUCACAAGGAAGAUGUAUGUGAAAUUGAGGAUCAGGAUUGUGGUGGAGUUUUGUUAUCUGCUUCUCAUACUAAUGAAGAGAAGCUUGGUUUAGAUGAGAAUAGAGAUUUGGGUUGUAGAGAGACUGAGACUGAAGAUUCUCAGAUUGAUAUAAACAGAGAGAAGAGCUUGAUUUAUCCUUUGAGUACAAAUAAGAGGAGAAAGGAAGAUUGUGAAAGUUGUGUAAAGAAGAAGGUUAGAGUUGUGGACAAAGAGGAAGAAGAUUCUUACAACAAUGCUAUAGGAAGACUUUGA